UCCCCGCGCUCAUCCCCCGCCCCUUUCCCUCGCUCUUUCUCCCUGAGGACAGUUCAUGUGUUGUCCUUCUCCUACCCCGCACACAUCACAUCAGCGCACCGCGUCGGAGCUGCUCUCGUUUUGCUUGUUGUAGUUUUAUUCGAACAAGGAUGCGUUAAAAUCCCGGAUCUUGCUCUCGUUGGUGGCGCGGUAUGAACCAUGACUCCAAUAAAUCUCCAUCAUUAGGAAUGAUCUCCACGGCAACCCGCACCACGGCCACUGUCAGUCCCCUGAACCCUCUAACCAAUGGGAGCGCAGUGUCCCAGUCUACAAACUCCGGAUUCGCUGCUGCCCUGCGUAAACUGGCCAAGCAGGCCGAGGAUCCCAGAGGUUCUGCCGUCAGCCGCGAGCCGUCUCCCGUCUCCACCCCCUCCACCAGCCACAGCUCCCCAGUCACCACUCCAAAGCGACCAUCUUUAGGACCUCCUCUCCUGGGCCAGAGCCGGGGCCACAGCGUCCCCAGUACCACUCCAGUGGUGACCAUAGCCCCCACCAAGACCAGCAACCUGUGGAGGGCCGAGUCAAGACAGGCUGAGGUGAGUGUUUGUGAACAUCUAGAGAACCACCCACACCCACAGGACAAGAGGACUCCCCCCGUCUCGUCCUCCCGCCCCCUGGCACACCCAUACGGACUCCAACCCAGCGCUGUCAUGCAAGACCCCAGAAUACAGAGCCUCAGUUUACCCGGGCAGAUGCACCCUGGGGUUCCUCCUGGUGCAGUCCCUGAGGAGUACCUGAGAGCACUGCGUCCCUAUGCCACGUCAGAGGAGCUCCGACUGGCCUCUCUGCCCCUGGGCCUGGACCCUGCUGCUGCUCAUGCUGCUGCUGCUGCUGCCUACUACCACCCAGCCUACCUCCACCACCCGCUCUCCCUACAAAGAAUGGAGGAGUCUCUGUGUCUCUCUGCUCUUCGCUCGCCAUACUACUCUGUGCCUGGAGGGGGCGCUUUCCCCUCUCUGCACCCCUCUGCCCUGCACAUGCACCUGCCUGGAAGCCGGUACCCUGCUGAACUCAACCACACAGCCCUGGCAGAGAGGCUACAGAUGGAGAGCGAGCUGCGCCAGCGAGAACACGAGCGCGAACGAGAAAAAGAGAGGGAGCGCGUGGCCAAGGGAGCUGAGAGAGAAAGAGAGAGGGAGCGCGCAGCCAAGGGAGUGGAGAGAGAAAGAGAGAGAGAGAGGGAGGAUGAGGCGGACAGACAGAAGGAGCGGCACCGGGACAGACAGCAGCAGAUGGUCCGAGGAGCCGAGAGCCACUACCUGGCUGAGCUGCAGGCUCGCAGGGCACCGCCGGAGGACAGGCCACGGCCAGGGGAGAGGCUGACCCCAAACAGACCGGAUAAAGCUAAGGAGUCUGAGCAUUUAGGUUUUACUGCACCAAAACCUCUGCUGCUGCAGUCCAGUCUGCACUCCUCCAGGGGCGCGGUCCCACACCCUGUGCCCAGCUUGGUGCCAUCGCACAUGGGCAAGCAUCACAGCGCUCUGGCAGCUGCCAUGAUGACUCAGAGGAUGAACGAGGAAGUGUGGUUAUCCCGACAAAGGGGCCAGGACAGAGAGCGUCCUCUGGAGCUAGACCUGCGCUCGCCGGGGAAAGGCUUAGAGCCUUGGAGAGAGAAUCAGAGACCCAACACUGUUCAUCUCAAUUCACACAGUAAGGACACUCCACCCUCCCUGGGUGCACCACCUCCGUUGAUCUCUCCUAAAGGUCCCCCUAAUCCCUCCGUCCCUCCGACCACACUGUGGAACCCAGCCUCCUUUGUGGACAGCCCUCCAGCCCGAAAACUGACUCCAUCCACACCCCCAAGCCGCCCCCCUCCUGGACUGACCCGCACAGAGAGAACUCCCCUGAGUUGGGGGGACAGGACGGAGGACAGCAGGAGGAGAGUUGAGGGCUUAGAGAGAGUUCCCUCUAUGAGGGGGGGCGGCUUACAUGAAGCAGGUUCCUGGGGCAAAGCUGAGCAGGACAGAACUAUUCAGAGUCUUUACCAACGGCACCACAUCAAUAACCUCCAGCAGAGGGCAUGUGCCCCUCUGUCUGCCCCCCUGAGCAGUGCUGAUCUGGGCGUACGGGACUGUAGAAGGUCCCCCUCUCCUCUCAGAGAAAGACACAGCCGUGUGCCUGAUAGCCUCCUGGUGUAUGACGAGGUCCUGCAGCAGCACAGGAGGCUGCUCAGCAAACUGGACCUGGAGGAGAGGAGGAGGAAGGAGGCGCGGGAGGGAGGUUAUUACUAUGACGUGGACGAGUCUUACGAUGAAAGUGAUGAAGAGGAGGUGAAAGCGCAUUUGAGACGAGUGACCGAACAACCUCCACUCAAACUGGAAACUUCCUCAGAGAAAGUGGAGUUUUUGAGCAUGUGUGGUCUGACAACACUCUCAAACCGUGAUGAGAUCCUGGCGCAAAAAAGAAGGAAGAGGAGGAGGAUGCUGAGGGAGCGUAGUCCCUCUCCACCUGUCUCUCAAGUCAAGAAGAAAGCCUGUCCAUCUCUGAGAACACCGUACACGGCUGAUCAGAUGAACCGCACGCCUGAACUGGGAGAGAAAAAGGACUUCCUCAGCAUGUUUAGCCUUAGCCAUGUGAGCCCCGCGCAGAGGAGAGAAAAGCAGAAGGCGGAAGAGUUGCUUAAGGCCAUCAAGAAGAAGACUGUCACAUUGGACACUAUCAGAUAUAAUCCUGUACCUCCAUGCAGCACUCCAUCUCCUCCUCCCUUAAACGGCGACUCCAAAUCUAUCUCUCUUCCAAAUGGACACCCAUACCCAGACUCCCCCAGCCCCUCCCCUCCCUUUCUGCACAAACCUAAGAACCCGCUCUGUAAUGAUGCACUUAAGUCCUCGCUGGAUCCCCAGGUGGCACGCAUUCCUACCCCCCUGGCCCCCCACCAUGAAAAGACUGAAUUUAUGGAGCCGAACAGGAAGCCCCAUAACCUCCAGAACGGUCUUGCCACUUCUCCCCUGAAAAAAACACCCAGCUGUGGGCAAAACGGGCGCAGCCGGCCCUGGGAAAAGUUCACGCCAGAGGUUUUUGCUCAGCACUUCCACCAGGCUGUCCUCCAGUCCACUCAUAGCAAGGAUGGGCUCUUGAACACUGACUCCUCCCUGCCUCACAAAGCCUCUCCAAUGAAAGUCCCUCAUCCAAACCGGAACUCUCAGCACAUCAACGGCCACCAUGCCCCUCUCUACGGGGCCAGUCGAGACACUCCCUCUGCAUACGAGCCCCUGUCUGAAGAGGAGGGCCAGUCAGGGCAGGAUGAAGAGGAAGAUGAAGAGGAGGAGAUGGAAGAAGCACCAAGAAAGUGGCAGGGCAUUGAGGCUAUUUUUGAAGCCUAUCACCAGUAUGCAGAAGAACACAUCAUAGAGAGACAAGUCCUUCAGAGCCAGUGCAGGAAGCUGGAAGCACAAAACCACCAUCUCACUCGAACGGCCGAACAACUCUCCCACACUAUGGCGGAGCUGAUGAGUCAGAGACAGCGAGUGCGGGAGGAGAACGAGAGACUGCAGGCCCAGCUGGAACACUUCAGGAGGUGUCUAACUCUACCUAACGUCCAAUGGAGCAGAGGCCAAAUCAAUGGGCACGCGCCAAGGUGACCCGUCGGCACCGACCUUUACCAUAGAUAUGGCGUGAACAGCACUGGAGCAGCUGAGGGAAAAAGACAUGCGGUCCAAGCUACACUCUUUACUUGAAGAUUUUCCAGAAUGAAGUGCUUGUCAGGCUGAUUAUCUGAACUGUCAAAGGAAGAGCUGUGACCAUAUAUGGGCAAGGCAACUUUCUGCCCAGGUUGUAGCAAGACUGUAUCAGCUAUUUGUCCUCAUGAUGGCUUUAAGAUGGUCAAACAUUGAAAAUUGAAGUACUAGAUACAUUUUCACAUAAAGGGAGCUACCAUGCUAAAAUCAACGUUUUGACCACCUCAGAACUAUACCCUGACAAGUUUUUUUGGUCCAUUCAUGCAUGUUUAAGUAGUCCUGUUUGGACAUUUUGGUUUCAAAUUCUGAAUAAGCAACUGUCCAAACACAUUUACUCUACUGAUUCUGCUUGAUCACUUAAAGAGGGGGUAUAAUGCAAAAUACCAUGGUACAACAUUGUUUCCUCAUCAAAAACAUGCCUGAAGAGGUUAUAGAUGUCAUUUAUGCAUGUUCGAGUAAUCUAGCAGUCUCUCCCGGGCCCUGUUCAAACCCUCUUUACGGUUAGCAGUACGAUCCUAUCCAAAGCUGAGUCCACAGGCCCAGGUCAUCUCUGCGCAAAAUGAAAGUGAAACUUGUUAAACAUGUUAAUAUGUUAUUUUCAGCAAAUGUAGCAUUUUCAAAACAAUAAAUGGCAUCAUGGUGACCUAUAUAUGUGAGACUAUUAAUCCCCAUAAAAGUGCAAUAUCCUCUCUUUAAGCUUGUUGACAGUAGCCUGCAAAGUUAACUAUAUAAAAUUUCUCACUCCCCAGUGUCGCCACCAAAGGGCAUCAGGCAUCUAAGCCAAGUGAAAUUCUAAGCACAGCAAAAUAACCAGAUUUUCUUACAUACACAUUAUUUAAGUUAUACAUGUUUUUAGAAGUCGCAAUGAAGCAUAGUUUGUCCUCUAUAAGUUUAUAAAACUCCACAAAUAGCCUUUUUGGACCGCAUUGACGAGGCAUUUGAGUGAAGGAAUCAAAGCACACCUCAGGCCUUAAAACUUGACAGGAUGCACUUGAAAUGUUGUUUUUUGUGUUUGAAGAAAUACUUGACUGUUGUCUGUGUGGUACCUUGCUGUGUGUAAAUUAAUGUGUACAAUAAGUUGUUUGAGUGCCGAUAAAAGUUUUGUAGAGAAUUACAGCUAAACAAUAUAAUCAACAAUGGGAAAUAAUUAUUGUGACAUUUUUUAAGUCUAUGUAAUUUUCCAUUGGUCAGUUGUGAUAGAUGAAGGAUUUUGUAUGUUUUGUUCUACAAGCAUUUAAAGUGGGAAGCCAUAUAUAUUAUUUAGAUUGCUGCUGGUCAGAAUAACAUUUUGAAACAGUGGUUUGGGAGUACAGUGUAUUUUAAGAUUUUUUUUGUCUGAGCUGCUUUGAACAUGCCUUUUGCAAUGUUUACUUACACAGUGGCUGGAGCUCCUUUGAAUAAAAGGAUUAUCUCAUGGGAUAAUCUGUAAUAAAUAAUGAAUAUGUUCAAAACAGAUGAUUGAGGUCCAAUCCUCUCCCAUGUUUCUCACAGGGCAGUCUCAACCAUUGAGAGAAUUAUUGAUUACAGAUGUUAGAGUUAACAUUUCCCAUUUGGAUUUUCUGGUCUGCUCCUUUAUGGUCAAAGUUUAGUUUUGCUCAAGACAAGUAAGACUUGUGAACAUCUUUGUCUGACCUUCCCACAGGCCUGUUUGUACCUACGGACUGCUGUGAAAGCUCAGCUUCUCUACAUUAUGUUUUCUUGAGAU